UCAAAAGAGUUACAGUGAUGUCAACAUUUUAGAGAGGUGUCAAAGGAGUUAUCCAGAUGUAAAGAAGUGAAAGGUUGUGAAUUCAAAGAAUUUCAACAAAUAGUCAAGAUAUGGCUGCAUUGGCAAUAGACACUCAUUCUUUAUCAGUAGAAGUUGGUGAUGAAGGCUCUUUAGUAACACAAUCCAGCCUCCAAGAAGUUCCGUUGGUGAUUAAUGAGGAGACAUCCAUUGAGGAAAAAACAAAGCUAGAUGCUGUACAUAAUGAUGAUAAUGUCAGUUCAAGUUUUAUGUUUUCAGGCAUUGGAAAUAAAACAUUUGAAAAUAAGGAACUAAGUAUCAAUGGAAUGGUAAGCAGUAGCCUUAUGGAUGAGUUACAAGCAGCAAAACUUGAACCUAACUGUCAGGUUCAAACGGAAAGCAUAUUGGCUGAAUUAAAAGAAAGCAUUAUACUUGCUUAUAAUGGAAAAUGGAAACUUGGAAAACGUGGAAGGCCACCAAAAAUAAUAAAAAACGAACUUGAAAAGAAAAGAAGAUUGUUAAAUGGUAUUGAUGCUCGACUAAAUGCUGCAAAAGAUUUACAGAAAAACACUAUAGAACAAAAUACAGCAAUUCAAGAGAAAAUUUCUGGAACUAAGUCACAUAAAACUAAAUAUUCUCCUGAAAAAGGUAGUGUUAUUCCUGAAAAAGAAAACCACAUAAAUGUAAUUGAGUCUGAUAUGGCAAAAGAAUCACCAGUUCCUUGUAUUAAUAUCCAUUUUGAUGAAGAACACAAUUCCACUAUCAGGCUAGAGAGCUUUAGAGUGAACAGUGUGAAUCUUAAUAACCACUUGCUGUAUCUAAAAGGUGAAUCACCUGUGGCUACCCAUAACUUCCAACUGUCAGAAAAUUCAUUUUUAAAUACAAAGUUUAAGACCUUUGGUAAACAAAGUACUGAAGACUCAUUGAUUCAAAGUGGUAAUACUCAGACAGCAACUAGUAGGUUAGAAGCUCAAACUCGUAGUAGAUAUGGUCGUUUGCACAAAAAAAGAGAACUCAGUCCUGACAUGGAAGCAAUCCCGUUAGUGAGAAAGCGAAGUGUUAAAACAGAUUCUUCAAAAUUGUGUCAGUCUGCUAAACAUUCUUGUACAAGCACUAUUUCAAUGGAACAUUCCAAAACCAAAGAAAGCUCAUAUGUGAAUCAUGUUAAUAAUAGACUUGCAGAAAAUGAUAAUUCUGAAGUUCCAUCCAGUUUAAUCAAGAAAAAAAGUAGACUGUCAAAUUUGCACCAGAACAUCAAAUUGGAAAAAAAUAAUACUUCCACCAUAUUAUUGCCUCUAUAUCCUAAUGAUUGUUUGGACAACAGUGUUUUUAAACAACAAAACUUAUUAUUUACAUUAGAAGAUGAGAGGAAAAUACCAGCCGAGUGGCUAGUUGGAGAUCUUUUGUGGUCUAAGAUAUCUGGACACCCCUGGUGGCCAUGCAUGGUAUCGUUUGACCCUAUUCAAGGAACAUACAGCAAAGUAAUUCGUGUAAGGACCCUUUUUCGUAUAUAUCAUGUCCAAUAUUUUGGUCAUGAAGCUCAUCAUGGAUGGACUAAGCCAGGUUGUGUUUUAGCAUAUGAAGGAAAGGAUAAAUUUGAAGAAUAUGUUAAGAAAUUUGUGGCUGCAAUCCCAAGAGGAUGUAAGAAUCGGGACAAACUUCUUGCAAAGUUCAAGAUCACUUCUGCUAGGAAGAAAGCCUGGGAAUUAGCUGUGGAAGAGGCAGAAGAUGCUUUAAGAAUGAGUCGAGCAGAACGCAAGCAAGAACUCACCUUUCAGUAUGUAAUGCCAAAGCAAAAUAAAAGUGCUGUAGAUGUAGAUUCACAGAAAUUAGAUAAUAGUGAUGUGAACAAAAAUAAGAAGCUGACAUUGCAUCACAAGAAGUCCUCUGUCAAGAAGCCUCAAAUGUCUGAAUGCAAAAUACUAAAAGAAGAACUUGCCACAAAUACUAAAAAAAUAUGCUCUCAUAAAAUGAAAGGGAGUAUAAACUUCAAGAAUAAAAAUCCAGAAAAAAAGUUACAAGAAAAACAUAGUUCUUGGAAAGCUGAAAAAAAUAAUAGUUUUUCUGUGUUUUGUAAGAGAAAUUUAGAUGAAAAGAGACUGCAGCAUCCAGAUUUUACUGAUGUAGCCCUUGAAGACUUGUUGUAUCAAGAAUGGGUCAAAAUGAUCGAUUUCCAGAAAGCUCAAUAUACUUUGGGAAAGCUUGAAAAUGUACAUAUUUCUGCUCAGGAGAAAGCAAAAAUCAAAGGUAUGAAGAACCUCAAACCAAAUUCAAGUCUUUCUAAAAUGAAGAAUGAUAAAAAUAAAAGCUGUAAAAAAUCAAGGUAUAUGUGUGAUAAAGUAAAGGAUACAGAAAAGUCCAGAACUUGUGAAGAGAAAAUACUAGGGAAAGAUAUCACAAUUAAAGAUCCAGUUGAAAGAAAGGAGCCUAAACAGAGUUGCAAAAUGGUCACUCAGGAAUUGGUAGAAGGAAAGCAAGCCACUGGAAUUACGGCUCGACAGGAGAGGGUAUGCUACAUUUGUGAGAAGGUGGGAGAUACUGUUAUUUGCAAGGGGCCUUGUUUGAAAAGUUUUCAUCCAUCAUGUCUUGGCUUAACCCAGGUUCCCUCCACCUUCAUGUGUGAUGAAUGUAUGACAGGAAAACAUCUUUGUUUUGUCUGCAAAGUAGGAGAAGAUAAGAUACGUAAAUGCUCAGUAAGUAAUUGUGGAAGAUUCUACCAUGAAAGAUGUUUGUUGAAAUACCAGUUAACAUCGAGAACUGAGGGACGUGGUUUCAUCUGUCCUCUUCAUACCUGCCACUCUUGUGUUGCAGACAAUCCCAAACAGUCUCGCUCUCGAGCACGAUACAUUCGGUGCAUCAGGUGUCCAACAGCUUAUCACAUGGGUGAAAGCUGUAUUGCUGCUGGAUCAGUUAUCCUUAAUCCAACACAUAUGAUUUGUGCAAAUCAUUUCUGUCCUAAAAAAGGAAGGCAGUACCAAACACAUGUCAAUGUCAGCUGGUGCUUCAUUUGUUCUAUAGGGGGAAGUUUGAUUUGCUGUGAGUCGUGUCCUGCUGCUUUCCAUGCAGAAUGUCUGGAUGUUGAGGCACCUGAAGGCAGUUAUUUCUGUGAAGACUGCAAAAUGAGAAAACAUCCACAUUAUGGAGAUAUUGUAUGGGUGAAGUUAGGACCUUACAGGUGGUGGCCAGGAAAAAUAUGUUACCCAUUAUCUGUUCCAUCAAACAUUCAGAAGCUAGAACAUGAUGUUGGAGAAUUUCCUAUCAAGUUUUUUGGCUCACAUGAGUAUUAUUGGACCCAUAGAGGACGUGUGUUCCUAUUCCACGAGGGUGACAGGGGAAGCAAAGAGAAAUUCCCAUACCGACAUUUAGCAAAGGUGUUUCUUAAAGCUGUGGAAGAGGCAGAUACAGCUUUCAAAGAGUGGCAAACAAGUAGAGAAGCUCGAAGUUUGGAAGCUGGAAAAUCAUCUAAACCCCCAUUUUUUAAAUAUAUAAAGUCAAAUAAACCUGUUGGGAAAGUACAAAUCUAUACUGUAGACCUACUGAGUUUGAAUCGGUGCGAGUGUGAUCCCAAUUCUAAAAAUCCAUGUAGUAAUGAGAUAGAUUGUCUUAAUCGUGUGUUGAUGUUCGAGUGUCCAAGUUCUUGUCCAGCUGAAGAUAAGUGUCAAAACCAGAGGUUCCAGAAACGUCAGUAUGUUCCAGCUAGACCAUUCGAAGUGAAAGAUAGGGGUUGGGGACUUCAGACUUUGAUAGAUGUGAAAAAAGGUGAGUUUGUGACUGAAUAUGUUGGAGAGUUGAUUGAUGAAGAGGAGUGCCAGAAGCGCCUCAAACAGAUGCAUGAAGAAAAUGAUACAAAUUUUUACUUCUUAACCAUUGACAAAGACCGCAUCAUUGAUGCUGGCCCCAAGGGAAACCUAUCUCGUUUUAUGAACCAUUCUUGUCAGCCAAACUGUGAAACUCAAAAAUGGAUGGUUAAUGGAGACACAAGAGUAGGGCUUUUUGCUAUUUGUGAUAUAUCUGCAGGUUCAGAGCUCACUUUUAACUAUAAUUUAGAGUGUCGGGGAGAUGAGAAGACGAAGUGUAUGUGUGGUGCGCCAAACUGUAGUGGCUUUAUUGGAGUUCGACCAAAGACUACAGCACUGGCCUUACAGGAAAAACGAGCCAAAGAAACUUUAAUUAAAAAGAAAAAAAAAAAUCUCAUACCCAAACAUGAAGAUGAAUGUUUCCGAUGUGGAGAAGGAGGAGAAAUUUUAAUGUGUGACAAAAAAGGAUGCCCCAAAGCUUACCACCUCAACUGUCUCAACUUAACCAAGCCUCCUUAUGGAAAGUGGGAGUGCCCUUGGCAUCACUGUGAUGAGUGUGGAAAAGCAUCCAUAAUUCUUUGUGUUGAGUGUCCUAACUCGUUUUGCAAAGAACAUGGUACACCAGAAAAUGUUUUUGCUGUAGAUGGGCAGUUUUAUUGUUCUGACCAUAGAGAUGAAAAGGCAGAAGUGAAAUCCAUAACAAGUGACUCACCAGCUAAAGUUUUAUCUGAUACAGAGAGUUUGAUUCUUCAGGAAACAGUAACUCACUUCUAAAACAUUAAUAUAUAAUAACAAAAGGUUAAGAGAUAAGCCUUUGAUUCAAGUCACUACAAUUAAAUAUCAAUAUAUAUAAAAGUCAUAAAAAAUGUCAUUUCUUCAAGUGUUCAUGAGCAUUAUCCAUUUGCAUUAAAAUAUUUUCAUGGUUUUUGGAAAUUCUGUCUGUCUUUGCCUGCAUUUAUCAUACAUACUAGUUAUUCCACAUAUUAACGUAUGGAUCUGUAUUCUGUAGGAAUAACAUUCUAAUUUAUUAUAAUUUUCUUAACUUGUGGAAUUAUUAACAUUAGAAAAGAAUGUAAAUAGUCCUUAUUGCAUCUUGAGAUGCAUUACUUGUGUCACUGUUAACAUGGAGUUAUGUUAGCAAUGAGAAACACUUUAUAUUUUUUCAUCUGUAAGUUAUAGUAACUUAUAAUAUGACAGACCAGUAGGAAAGAUUUAAAUUUAAUUCUCAAGUUUAGUUGAUUUAGGCAACUUCGUAUAAAAACGUUCACAUGUGGAUAAAUGUGAUGUCUGAACCAGUUAUUAUGUGAGCAUGUGUAUUUGCUACUGAGUCUAAUAGUGCACAUACCCAAAUUAAUAUUUAUUAGUAUUUCAUUGUUAGUAUAUUCAAUGGUAAGAGUUAAUCAUGAACUAAGUUUUGAAAUAAAAGUAAUUUAAAAAAAGCAGGUCUGUAGGUAAAUACAAAAGGUGCCUAUGCAUCUUAAAAGAGGUAUGGUUUAUUUUCAUUUCAUUCCAAAUAUUGGCAUAACAUACCUUAUGUACAAGAAAAAGAGCUAAUAUAAUAAAACCUGCUUUAAUGACUUCA